UCUGGAGUGCAACAUUCAAGCUCCGCCCACUUGUAGCACGUGUCCAAUCAGCUACGAGAAGAGCUCCGGGUCUUCCGGUUUCCAUCUUCACUACAACCAUGAGGUUCCGUUUCUGUGGAGAUUUGGACUGCCCGGAUUGGGUUCUUGCUGAAAUCAGCACAUUAGCAAAACUUUCUAGUAUCAAGAUGAAACUUCUUUGUGCUCAAGUGCUGAAGGAUUUACUCGGAGAGGGGAUUGAUUUUGAUAAAGUUGCAAAGCUGACUGCAGAUGCAAAGUUUGAAAGUGGAGACAUCAAAGCCAGUGUGGCUGUCCUCAGCUUUAUUUUGUCCAGUGCAGCCAAACAUGACGUUGACAGCGAAUCGCUGUCCAGCGAGCUGCAGCAACUGGGGCUGCCAAAAGAGCAUGCUACAGGGCUUUGCAAAUCCUAUGAAGACAAGCACUCUGUACUUCAAGACAAACUAAGAGAGGCCAGCUUGAGAUUGGGACGACUUAACUCUGUGUCAUGGCGUGUCGAUUACACCCUGAGCUCGAGUGAACUCCGAGAAGUGAACGAACCAGUGAUACAGCUUAAGCUGCAGACACAAAGAGCUGACCCUGGCUCCUCCGAAACGAAUGUCUUCGCUGUCUCUGCUGACAAGUUUAGAGUCCUGCUAACUGAGCUCAAACAAGCCCAGACUAUGAUGAAUGCUCUGCAAUGAAGUCACAAGAAGCAAAUUAUCCUGAGAAACUGCCAUAAAGUGCCACACAUACAUAAUGUACAGUAUUAUCUAUUUGCUUGAAUUUGUUUAUUAAAAAAUUAAGGAAAAGAAACCUCCUUGAAUGUACUGCUAUUUAAUUGUAUUUUUCUGUAAUUGUUGGACAUAUUUUCAGAUAUUUGUUAAUGAGCUACAAUCACAUGGUAGCUUUCUUUUUUUUCUUGUUCUGUAAAGUAUUAUCUUAUUACUUGACACGCUUUGUUAAUAAUUGUAUUGAUCAUUUCUAUUAUGCUGUCACACCUGUAAUAAAAUCUAAAUUAAAAAAAUAAAUGCAUUCCUCUGACAACUUACGUAACACAU